AUGAAAAGUCAACAUAAUGGUGAAGAUGAAAACACGAAUUCAGUUGAAGAAAAUGCUGACAUGGAUGCUGAAGAGGAAAAGCAAGAAAAGAAUGGCGAUGCUGACGUGGAUGAACAAAAGAAAGAUGCCAACACGUUCUUCGUUAAGUUACCCGGGCGUACAGAUAACGAAAUCAAGAACCAAAGUGACGACAGUGUGCAGGUUUACCAAUUUACCCUCCAAACACUAAACGACAACACUUGGGCACAUUCCCAAACGGAGAUACAUCAUCAUCACAUGCCAAAUAACAACUUCCAAAUCCCAGCAUUGGAGUUGAAGAAUUUAGGAUAUUUGCCCCAAGCCUCCUGGAUAUCCCCGGAGCCAAUUUUCUCGAUAUUCCCCUCCUAUUCCCGAUUUCACAUCCUCCCAAAAGAAUCAGAAGAUCCAAUCCAUCAUGUCCCAUCUAUGAUGGAAAACAUCGGUUUGUUGGAAGCGGUGCUCUACGAGUCACAGACAUUGAAAACCUCAAAUUCAAAGAAUUCCAAUUCCAAUUCGAAUGAUGCUGCUUGUUCAUCUGAUGAUGACUGGGAUUGGGAGGCUUAUGGGGACCCCAUGUCACCAUUGGGUCAUUCUGCUGUAUCUGUCUUCACUGAAUAUACUCACUCGAUGAACAUCAUGAUCAAUCCCUCGAGGCAAUUUCAGUGAAGCAGGAAGCGGAAGCAGGAGCAGCAGCAGAUGAAACUGGUGGUAAGCAAUCGGAAAGAGAAGACAAUGACAUGAUGAUGAAGUAUUGUGAUAGGGAAGUUGCUACUGGGACCCACUAGUCUGGAACAAUUUAACAAAUUUGGCACAUGGAAAGUUUACACAAAGCCACGUGGAGUGGAGGGGAAUGAUUGGGGCUGUUGGUGAUUCUGUUAGAGAGAAUAGAUUUAUUAUAUAGGUCAUGUUGAUGAAUGAGGGAGAUCAUCUUUUUGUUUUCUAAGAAUGUACUCGGCUGUAUGAAGCUUGGGCAGGAAGACUCACUCAUCUGAGCUUCUCUGAUUUGAUUUUGG